UUACAGAACUGCCAUUCCCCCGUUGUCACGUUUGCUGCGAGUCUUCUUCAUCAUUCCACUCGCUCGCGCGAGUCCUGUUGGUUUUCCUCUCUCUCUGUCUCUCUCUCAUUUACAGAACUGCCAUCCCCCAGCAAACUUAAAUUUCAAGGAAUUGCCAUUCCUCUCAGCAUAAAACCUUCUCAUCUCAUCUCUCUCUGAAACCCUAAACCUAAUUUUCCUCGGAAAGAUCGCAUUUUUGCCAUGUCAUGGGGCUUAGGUUGGAAACGCCCCUCCGAAAUUUUCCAUCUCACCCUCAAUUACGGUGACAACGACGAUGCCAUCCCCGCCGUCGAUCCCCCUCCCCCCUCAUCCAACGGUCCACACUUCCAGAUCAACCUUGAUUGGUCCGCCGGGGACGACGAGGAGCAGGUGGCCCUUCGCCUCCAAUCCCAGCUCAUGGUGGCCCUUCCUCCGCCUCAGGAUUCCGUAGUCCUCAGCCUCACCCAGGGUGAGGAGGAGGAUAGUGUUGGGGUCGACAUGAAGGUGAUCAGGAUGAGGGAAGCCCUGCGGUCAAUCACGAUGUCGAAGACGGUCGGCUCCGGGCAGCAGAACGACGGGGUCGGGGUACUCACCAGGCUGCUGCGGUCGGAGCUGGCGCCGUUUGGCGCCGGCAAUGGGUUUCUAGGGUUUGGCGAGCACUGGAAGAGCGUUACCGUGUUGAGUGUCUGUGGGUGCGGCUUGUCGGUAUUGCCUGCUGAGUUAACUCGAUUGCCGCUUCUUGAGAAGCUAUAUCUUGAUAACAAUAAGCUGACUGUUUUGCCUCCUGAGCUUGGUGAACUUAAAAAUCUGAAAGUACUUAGAGUUGAUAACAACAUGCUGGUUUCAGUUCCAGUGGAACUCAGGCAGUGUGUUGGGCUGGUGGAGUUAUCACUGGAAUAUAACAAAUUGGUCCGCCCCCUUCUGGAUUUCAGGGCUAUGGCUGAGCUACGUGUUUUAAGGCUAUUUGGUAAUCCUCUUGAAUUUCUUCCAGAAAUUUUACCUUUGCACAAGCUCCGCCACCUGUCUCUGGCAAAUAUCAGAAUUGAAGCUGAUGAUAAUUUAAAGUCUGUAGAUGUGCGAAUUGAGGUGGACAACAGCUCUUAUUUCGUUGCAUCUAGACACAAACUGAGUGCUUUCUUCUCUCUUAUUUUCCGGUUUUCCUCUUGUCAUCACCCUUUGCUCGCAUCUGCAUUGGCCAAAAUCAUGCAAGAUCGUGCCAACCGCACAGCGAUUGGCAAAGAUGAAAAUGCUGUUCGACAGCUUAUAAGCAUGAUAAGCAGUGAAGAACGUCACGUGGUUGAACAAGCAUGUUGUGCUCUUUCAUCGCUUGCAGCAGAUGUGUCUGUGGCAAUGCAGUUGAUGAAGUCUGAUAUCAUGCAACCCAUUGAAUCAGUUCUGAAAUCAGUCGACCAAGAAGAACUAAUUUCUGUGCUGCAAGUUGUGGUCAACUUAGCAUUUGCCUCUGAUAUUGUAGCUCAAAAGAUGCUGACUAAAGAUGUACUGAAAUCACUAAAAGCAUUGUGCGGACAUAAAAAUGCAGAGGUGCAACGACUUGCACUUUUUUCUGUUGGGAAUUUAGCUUUCUGCUUGGAGAAUCGACGGGCUUUAGCCACUUCUGAAAGCUUGCGUGAGCUUCUCGUGCGCCUAACAGUCACGGCUGAGCCACGUGUGAAUAAAGCUGCAGCACGUGCUUUGGCAAUUCUUGGAGAGAAUGAGGUUCUGCGACGAGCAAUAAGAGGAAGGCAGAUAGGGAAGCAGGGAUUGCGCAUACUCUCAAUGGAUGGGGGUGGUAUGAAAGGUCUGGCAACUGUCCAGAUUCUUAAACGAAUUGAACAGGGAACAGGGAAGCAUAUCCAUGAGAUGUUUGAUCUUAUAUGCGGUACAUCCACUGGUGGCAUGCUUGCUAUUGCUCUUGGGAUGAAACAAAUGACCUUGGAUCAGUGUGAGGAAAUAUACAAGAAACUUGGAAAAGUUGUAUUUGCGGACCCUGUCCCAAAGGACAAUGAAGCUGCAACAUGGAGAGAGAAGCUGGAUCAACUUUACAAGAGUUCAUCACAGAGCUUUAGAGUCGUUGUCCAGGGGUCUAAACAUAAUGCGGAUGAGUUUGAGAGGUUGCUGAAAGAGAUGUGUGCUGAUGAAGAUGGUGACCUUCUAAUAGAGUCAGCUGUGAAAGGCAUUCCCAAAGUUUUUGUUGUGGCAACGCUUGUCAGCGUGGUGCCAGCUCAGCCGUUUGUCUUCCGAAACUAUCAGUAUCCUUCUGGUACACCAGAGAUGCCUUUAGGAACGGGAGAUGCUCUGAUGAUUAGUGGGGUUGGAGCAACUGCUAGACGUGGUGCUUUCAUUGGAAGUUGCAAGCAUCAUAUAUGGCAGGCCAUAAGAGCAUCGUCUGCUGCUCCAUAUUAUCUCGAUGAUUACUCUGAUGAUGUAAAUCGUUGGCAGGAUGGAGCUAUUGUAGGAAAUAAUCCGGCCAUUUUUGCCAUAAGAGAAGCACAACUUCUGUGGCCUGAUACUCGAAUCGACUGUCUGGUUUCUGUGGGAUGCGGUUCUGUUCCAACAAAGGUUCGAAAAGGAGGGUGGCGCUAUUUAGAUACUGGACAAGUGUUGAUUGAGAGCGCAUGCUCAGUGGAUCGAGUUGAUGAAGCUCUGAAUGCAUUGUUACCUAUGCUUCCUGAGAUUCACUAUUUUCGGUUUAACCCAGUUGAUGAGCGGUGCGGUAUGGAAUUGGAUGAAACUGAUCCCACAAACUGGCUCAAGCUGGAAGCGGCAACGGAAGAGUAUAUUCAGGAUCAAUCUCAGGCCUUCACGGAGGUUUGCGAGCGACUGGUUCCAACACACUUCAAUGAAGAAAAAUGGUCAGAGAAGUCGAAGCCUCAGAACUUUCCUAGAACAAAGCUUUCAAAUACUGUGCUCGAUGAGAGAAGCCCUUUGUUGGGUUGGAGGCGCAUGGUACUUCUUGUAGAAUCUUAUUAUAGUCCUGAUUCGGGGAAAGCAAUCCACCAUGUUCGAUCUCUUGAGACGUUCUGUGCCCGUAAUGGCAUCAGGUUUUCUCUUAUGAAUAAGGUUGCUGGAUUUUCUAAGCCGGCAGCAUCAGUUUCUACACCAUUCGCAUCGCCAUUGUUCACUGGAAGUUUCCCAUCUAGCCCACUUUUAUGCAGUCCUGAACUUGGUCCACAGCGGAUGAAUAGAAUUGAUUUAGUUCCACCACUAAGCUUGGAUGGUUUUCAAACUGGAAAGGCACCAUUCUCUCCGCCAAAAUCUCCUUCAGGAAUCAGGCAGCUCUCUGUACCUGCUCAGGCAUUACAUGAAAAACUACAGAAUUUGCCCCAAGUUGGGAUAGUACAUCUGGCUCUUCAAAAUGAUUCAAUCGGUUCAAUAUUAAGUUGGCAGAAUGAUGUGUUUGUGGUUGCUGAACCUGGGGAGCUUGCGGAUAGAUUCCUACAGAGUGUGAAGUUGAGUCUAUCAUCAACAAUGCGUGGGCACAGCAGAAAGGACACAUCUGCCUUAACAAAGAUUUUAACCAUGGCUGAUUUGGUUGCAUACAGGCCUUACUUUCAAGUAGGAGGCAUCCUGCAUCGAUAUAUCGGACGCCAAACACAUGUGUUGGAAGAUGACCAAGAAAUUGGAGCAUUUAUGUUUCGGAGGACAGUACCUGCCACUCACUUAACGUCCGAUGAUGUUCGUUGGAUGGUUGGAGCUUGGAGAGACAGAAUUAUAAUCUGCACUGGCAAGUGCGGGCCUGCCCCCAGUCUGGUCAAGGCAUUCCUAGAUUCGGGUGCAAAAGCCGUCAUUUCUUCGUCAGCUGAACCGCCUGAGAUGCACCCAAGUGUAUUUCAUGGGUUGGCUGAUUUUAAUGGCAUGGAGAACGGGAGGUUUGUGAUCGGAGACGAAGAUGCAGAGGACGAAGAGCCAGAGCCAGCCAGCCCCGUCAGCGAUUGGGAAGACAGCGAUCCGGAGAAAGCCGAGCAUCCAUCAAGUUGUAGAGACGAUGAUGAAGAGGAUUUAUCCAGUUUCAUUUGUCUUCUAUAUGAUGCCCUGUUCCGAGAAGGGGCGAGAAUGGAUGUCGCUCUACAGCAUGCGCUCAGCUCGCACCCGAAACUGAGGUAUACAUGCCAUCUUCCGAAUACAUACUAGUUAUAAAAAUCAUGUAUUUACACAAACCAAAAAAAGAAAAAGAGGAAAAUAUAAUUUAUCCAAUAAUGAGGAAAUAAAAUGGAAAAAAAAAUUAAAAAAAAUUCCAAUUUUGGGUAAUGAGUAUAUAUAUGUUGCUUAUUCAAAUAACAUUGCCUGAUGGCGUUGAGAAAGCUGUUUGCAUAGUGUACACAUACGCUUGAAAUAAUGCAGUUUAUGGUUUUGGUUUCCCCAGGCCAUUUUCAAA